GAGGGCUCGGCGGGCCAUUGGCUCGUGGUCGCGGCAAAGGCGGCUUGAGGACCAGAACAGCGAGCGGGGCCCGCGGGCCGGGCCGGGGACGACCUGGGCCGCGGCCAUGGAGGACCAGAGGGAGGCUCUGCGGAAGAUCAUCACCACGCUGGCUGUGAAGAAUGAAGAGAUUCAAAGCUUCAUCUACUCCCUCAAGCAAAUGCUGCUGAACGUGGAGGCCAACUCCACCAAGGUACAGGAAGACCUGGAGGCGGAGUUCCAGUCCCUCUUCUCCCUCCUGGAGGAGCUGAAGGAGGGCAUGUUGAUGAAGAUCAAGCAGGACCGCGCCAGCCGCACCUACGAGCUGCAGAACCAGCUGGCUGCCUGCACGCGGGCCCUGGAGAGCUCAGAGGAGCUUCUGGAGACGGCCAACCAGACCCUGCAGGCCACGGAGAGCGAGGACUUCCCUCAGGCGGCCAAGCAAAUCAAAGAUGGUGUGACGAUGGCGCCUGCCUUCCGGCUGUCAUUGAAGGCCAAGGUCAGCGACAACAUGAGUCACCUCAUGGUGGACUUUGCACAGGAGCGCAGGAUGCUACAGGCACUCAAGUUCCUACCUGUGCCCAGCGCCCCUGUGAUUGACCUGGCCGAGUCCCUGGUGGCAGACAACUGCGUGACCUUGGUGUGGCGCAUGCCGGACGAGGACAGCAAGAUCGACCACUACGUGCUGGAGUACAGGCGGACCAACUUCGAGGGCCCGCCCCGCCUCAAGGAGGAGCAGCCGUGGAUGGUCAUCGAGGGCAUCCGGCAGACGGAGCACACCCUGACCGGUCUCAAGUUUGACAUGAAAUACAUGAAUUUCCGUGUGAAGGCCUGUAAUAAGGCAGUUGCAGGCGAGUUCUCCGAGUCGGUGACCCUGGAGACACCAGCGUUCAUGUUCCGCCUGGACGCGUCCACAUCUCACCAGAACCUGCGGGUGGAUGAUCUCUCCGUGGAGUGGGACGCCAUGGGCGGGAAGGUGCAGGACAUCAAGGCCCGCGAGAAGGACGGCAAGGGGCGCACGGCGUCUCCCGUCAACUCCCCCGCCAGAGGCGUGCCGUCUCCCAAGAGGAUGCCCUCCGGUCGUGGGGGCCGGGAUCGCUUCACGGCCGAGUCCUACACGGUGCUGGGGGACACGCUGAUCGACGGCGGGGAGCAUUACUGGGAGGUGCGCUUCGAGCCGGACAGCAAGGCGUUCGGCGCGGGGGUGGCGUACCGCAGCCUGGGCCGCUUCGAGCAGCUGGGCAAGACGGCCGCGUCCUGGUGCCUGCACGUCAACAACUGGUUACAGGCCAGCUUCACCGCCAAGCACGCCAACAAGGCCAAGGUGCUGGACGCGCCCGUGCCCGACUGCCUGGGCGUGCACUGUGACUUCCACCAAGGCCUCCUGUCCUUCUACAACGCCCGGACCAAACAGCUGCUGCACACUUUCAAGGCCAAGUUCACACAGCCACUGCUGCCCGCUUUCACGGUGUGGUGCGGGAGUUUCCAGGUGACGACGGGCCUGCAGGUCCCCAGCUCCGUGCGAUGCCUGCAGAAGCGGGGCAGUGCCACCAGCAGCUCUAACACUAGCCUCACCUAGGCGCCUGGACCGCCCACCCCGCCCGGCUGAUCCAGAGGCGGGCCCUCCCAGGCCUCGGUUGUUUCAGCCGGCACCCUCUCCUCUCUUGCUGCUUGGAGCCUUAACUCCUGCGGGGGUCACCACGGGGGGAGCGGCGGGCCCCAGGGCGGGCCCUCCUCCCCACCUCGCGUCCUAAUAAAGGUCAAUCACUGGC